CUUACAAAGAACCUGAAACCAGGCUUGCUAAAAGGCAGACUGUCCGAGAUAAAAAAGGUUUAUUGCAAAAUAAUGGUUUUAGCAUCUCUUAUCUCUUCUGUCAUACUGCGUGGCUACUUAUCUUACAAAGAACUUGAAACCAGGCUAGCUAAAAGGCAGACUGUCCGAGAUAAGGGUGUUUAUUGCAAAAAGAUUUUUGUGAGA